GAUCAGACGACGAUAAAGACAUGCGUUGUCAUUCACCUGCUAUCAGUAAUAUAUAUACAACCACUAGUUAGUCUGAUUGAUAGUAAUACCGAAACAUCUAGUUACUUAAAGCAGGUCAAAGUGCUGGUUUAUUUUAGGAAUAUAUUUUAACAUUGAAAUGGCAGCUAAACGUUUGGAUGCCAUAAUUUUUGGAGCUACAGGAUUCACUGGCAAAUAUACCGUUUUCGAAGCGGUGUCAGUCCUUAAAGGCCUAAGUUGGGGCAUAGCCGGACGUAACCAUGAGAAGCUGCAAGGCGUACUUAAGGAAAUGGGGGACAAGGCCAAAACAGAUCUGUCGCAAACGCCCAUCAUCAUAGCAGACGUGAACAAUGAGAGUUCUUUGCUGGAAAUGGCCAAACGUUGCCGCAUUGUUGUCAACACUGCCGGACCCUAUCGUUUUUAUGGCGAGAAGGUUGUCAAGGCGUGCAUUGAGGCCGGAACACACCAUGUGGACGUGAGUGGAGAACCGCAAUAUAUGGAAACCAUGCAACUCAAGUACAACUAUAAAGCCAAAGAGAAGGGUGUCUACGUCAUAAGUGCGUGUGGCUUUGACUCCAUUCCCGCCGAUAUGGGUGUUCAAUUUAUCGAAAAGAAUUUCGAUGGAGUGGUGAACUCUGUGGAAUCUUUUGUUCAUAUGGGAGUCAAGGGUGGAACCAAAGGACUGGGUCGUGCAUCUCUAAACACGGGAACUUGGGAAAGUGCCGUCCAUGCCAUUGCCAAUCGUAGCGAAAGUCAGGCUAUACGCCGCGAACUGUUUCCGGAUCGUCUGCCAGACUUCUCUCCAAAACUAAAGGCACGUCCUCCGUUUUCUCGUUCUACGGAAGUGGAUAAAGUGCUCCUGCCCUUCCCGGAAACGGAUCGCUCAGUGAUCAUGCGAACACAACGCUACCUCUAUGAGCAUGAUAAGAAGCGACCUGUCCAAAUGCAGGCUUAUUUAACUCUCCCUUCAAGGUUAGCUGCCAGUGUUGUGGUUUUUGUGGCCCUUAUCGUUGGAAUAUUCGCCAAGUUCGAGUUUGGCCGUCAGUUGCUGCUUAAAUAUCCCAGCUUCUUUUCUGGUGGGAUGGCAUCACGCACCGGUCCCAGUCAAGCGCGUAUGGAACGUUCCUUCUUCAAGAUGACCAUGAAAGCAAGAGGAUGGCCAAAAUCCGAUCGAUUGGCAGAGGUUACCGAUCAAUAUACCAGCCCACCCACUAAGGAAUUGACGGUGCGUGUAACCGGUCCCAAUCCUGGCUAUGGCUCAACCUGUGUGGCACUCCUAUCUACGGCUCGGACAAUUCUCCUAGAAAGCGACAAGAUGCCCGAUACUGGUGGUGUUUUGCCACCGGGUGCCGCAUUCGCUAAAACAAGUCUGAUCAGUGAACUAGAAAAGCACGAACAUGGCAUUAAGUUUGAAAUUGUAGCUAAUAAGUAAUUCGCGUUAUUUAUUUAUUGUGGAGAAAUCUUUUAAAACUGUAAUAAAUUUAUGUGCUAGGUUUGAAAA